UUGAUUGUGGUUAUAUGUGUUUUCCAUCUCGCUUGGGGAUUGUGGUGUUACCAUAGUGUUACUAACGAAAUUUUGUCAGAAAAGUAUGGCAUAGCAAGGAGCGACAACAUAAUCCACAGAGCCAUGUCGACGGGUGAGACUGUGCAGGUGAUCGUGAGGGCACGGCCCAUGAACGAUCGCGAGAAGAAACUGAAAUGCAAGGUGGUGCUAGAGAUGGACGCCGUGAGUUGCGUGAUCACGAACCCCAAUGACAAGACCGCGCCGCCGAAGAAGUUCACCUUCGACGCGGCGUACUUCACGGACUCGACCACCGAACAGAUCUACAGUGACAUCGGCUUCCCGCUAGUCGAGAACGUGACUGGAGGCAUACAAUGGCCGUGUUCGCGUCACGGUGCAGGACGGGCUGCGCUCCUGGAGAUCUACAUCGGAAGGAGAUUCGAGUCUGCCGGCAAAGGACCGAAGAACAAGUCGACAUCAAGGUGCAUCCUGACUGCCGGGCAUUACUACAAGAGUGGGCACAAACGCGGCACUGGUCUCACCAUGCAUCCGGUGCACAAUGUGCGGGAGUGCGAGAAGGUGAUGCAGCAGGGCUGGAAGAACAGGUCUACCGGUUCUACGCUUAUGAACGCCGACUCGUCGCGAUCGCACGCCAUCUUCGCGAUCAACCUCGAGAUGGUGACGACGGAUGCGAACGAUGAGGAGCACAUCCGUGCUGCCAAAUUGAACCUCGUCGACCUGGCCGGAAGCGAAAGACAGGCGAAGACAGGUGCUACUGGGGAACGAUUGAAAGAAGCGACGAAGAUUAACCUAUCACUGUCGGCACUUGGAAAUGUCAUAUCUUCACUCGUGGAUGGCAAAGCUACUCAUAUACCCUACAGGGAUUCCAAAUUGACUCGUCUGCUUCAGGAUUCCCUCGGUGGCAACACGAAGACGCUCAUGAUCGCGUGUCUGUCGCCGGCCGACAACAACUACGAGGAGACGCUGAGCACGCUGCGCUACGCCAACCGCGCCAAGAACAUCAAGAACAAGCCGAAGAUCAACGAGGAUCCGAAGGACGCGCUGCUGCGGCAGUACCAGGAGGAGAUCGAGAAGCUGAAGGCCAUGCUGACCGGUCAAGCGCCACUGCCCAUCGAUCAGUCAGCUGAUCACUCACAAGAUAUACAGAGAGAGAAGGAGAGACUUCAGGAGGAGUAUGAAGACAAGAUGUCAGACAUGCGUGUCAAGUACGAAAAAGAGCAGAAGAGCAACGUUAGGCUACAUGAGGACAUAGAGAAACUGAGGAAGCAGUACGAUGACAAGAUCUCUCUAGUUAAAGACAAGUAUAAGAGCGAACCAGAACAGGUAGAGGCGACGGCGCAGGAUGGACUCGGUGAGAAGAUUGUCGUGAAGAGUUUGGCUGGUGGUUACCACUCUAGCACACUGUCUGCGAUCAGAGACCAAAGUGAUGCCCUAGAAAGGUUACAAGAACUUCAAAACAUCAUGGUAGGAGGAGAGAGAGCCAAUGAUGUUGAAUUAAAGGAAAAGCGGAAAAAGAAGAAAUUGGUUGCGGAAAAGAAGAGACAGAAGCUAGCAGACACGAUUCAGAAGAUGGAUGAUGAUGGAAUCAUGAUGAAUGUCUAUGACUCUAUGCAAGAUGAGCUAAAGGCAAAAUCUGACAUGGUCGACCGACUCAAGAAAAAGCUUCGUAAUGUCGAGUCAGAGGUCAAGGACUUGCAAAGCGAGUUUGAGUUUGACAGGACAGACUACCUCGACACGAUACGAAGGCAGGAUCAACAGAUCAAGCUGCUGCAACAGCUGCUGGAUAAGGUUCAACCGUGCCUUCGACGAGACUGCAACUACAGUAACCUGGACAAGGUGAAGCAGGAGUGCGUGUGGGAUGAGGAUGCUCAGCGCUGGAGGCUCCCCGACCUCAUCAUCGAGAGGACAAACCUGCCACCCGCAGGCAAUCAACCUUGGAACAGGGUGAUGCCAGGCGGCAAGGUCUCUGUGACAAGCUUGCAUGGCUAUCACCAUAGCAACGGUUCCAUUAGUGACCCGGGUGAAGACAGCUACUAUCAGAAACUGGAAUCAAGCAAAAAUGAGGUGUUCGCAAAUGACUAUUUCAAACCAAAGCGAGACCUCACGCAAGUGUAUGGCCGGGACUCUCUAUCUGGCCGAAACAUACCACAUAGAGAGACGAACUUCCCUGUCACUAACGACUGGACUAAUGGUACGAUAGGUAACGGCCCGCAGAGCUCAGCAGGAGGAGCUGGCAACAUUUCUACACUAGACCUACCGAGGAAACCCGUGCGACUCGAGGCACUCCCUAUGCAACGCUUGCUGGUCAACAAGAAGAAGAAAAACCGAUCUAAUACAGACCUCACUGGACCUUACACCUACUAGUAGCAUGUGUCCAAUAGUGUACCAAAGUGGGGGGAGUUUUUUAUGGUUUUUAUGCAUGUUUGUCAAUUAUGUGUGCAUUUGUACUAAAUUUUUUGAUGUAUGGAACCGUUGAGUAUUUUUGAUGUUUUUAAAUCGAAAACAAUCUAUAUGCCCGCAGCUAUUAUCUGGUCAAUAAUUGUGUAACUAACUCAGUAUGAUGAGUUGAUAUUAAUUUUAAUUGGUCAGCAGGCAGUUUGUUUUGUAAAUCACUGUGGCCUUAUAAGGUUGAAAUUUGCAAUCGCUUUUACUGUGUUGUUGUCUGUUUAACUUAGCCCACAUGUGACCAUCUUACAGCCAUUAAGACUCCUGAAAAUGUGUAACUCUUUACUUUUGACAUGUGUGAAAACUCAUUGUUGUUAAUCAGUCAUGCUACGUGCAUAUGAUCAUGAUCAUAUCAUCAUCAUGAU